AUGGGAAACCACUGGAGACUUCUGGUGACUUGGAGUCUCAUAGGAGCUCUGGCCGCUUCGGGACCAGACGAAAACACUCUGCAUUUCAAAUUCACGCAACCCGUGUAUAAUGUCACCAUACCGGAAAAUUCUCUCCGUAAAGCCUUCGUCACCCCACAAGAAAAAAUGGGCAUCGUCCGCGGGGACGUCAAUAUGGACGUCAGGUUUAAAAUCGUGUCAGGGGACAAGGAUAGAUUUUUCAAGCCGGAAGAGAGGCUCGUCGGAGAUUUUUGGUUUCUGCUUUUAAGAACGCGAACUGGCAACACUGACGUCCUAAACAGGGAACGAAAAGAUAAAUACGUCCUCGAAAUAAAAGCCAACGCGACUAAACGUGACGGGAAGAAAACUAUCCUCGCUGAAGCGGAAACGACUGUUAUUGUGACAGUUCUUGACGUCAACGAUUUAAACCCUCUUUUCUACCCCACGGAAUACGAGGAAAUAGUGCCGGAAGACUCGCGAUUGCACGAAAGCAUAAUUAGGGUUUCAGCAGAAGAUGCUGAUUUGGGGAGGAACGGUGAGAUUUAUUACAGCUUCAAAGAGAGGACGGAACAAUUCGCCAUCAGUCCCACAACGGGGGUGGUGACGCUAACGCGCCCUUUAAGGUAUUCGGAAAAGGCUGUGUACCAUUUGACCGUUUUAGCCCAAGACCGAGGAGCAGGCUUUAAGGGGGGUGGAAAACCGAGCACUGCAAAGCUAAAAAUCAUAGUAAAACAAGUGAACCUCUACGCACCUGAGAUCUCCAUUCACCAUUUGCCGGACAUAGUAGAAAAUUCCAACGCACAUAUUUACGCCAUUGUGAAGGUGAUCGAUCGAGAUGCUGGGAUUCAUGGAGAGAUUAGGAGUUUGGACAUCGUAGACGGCGACCCCGAUGGCCACUUUCGGAUUAAACCGGGUUUUUCGAAAAAUAGACAAGUCGCCGAAUACAAUAUCGAAGUACUUAAACUUUUAGACAGAGAGAAGUCGCCUCGCGGUUAUAACUUGACAUUAAGGGCCGUUGAUAGAGGUAUACCCCCACGUGAGACAUACACUUCCGUUCCUAUUCGAAUAGCCGAUUUGAACGACAAUUCCCCGAUUUUCGACAGGGAAAUCUACGAAGUCGACAUUCCAGAAUCUGCACCGGUCAACUCUCCUAUAAUUAGGUUAAAAGUGACUGACGCCGACCAAGGGAAAAACGCUCAAACGUUUUUGGAAAUAAUCGCCGGGAACAAAGACGACGAAUUCUACAUAAACCCGGAUACAGGGAUGCUUUACACCAACGUCAAAAUGGACGCCGAAUUGAAAUCUAUGUACACUCUUACGGUAACGGCCCGCGACCAAGGUAAUACGGGCACGAGAAAACAGUCUUCAGCAAAGGUGAAAAUAAACGUCGUGGACGUGAACGAUAACGAUCCUUUAUUCGAAACUGUGGACAUGGAAGUGAACGUCUCUGAAAACGAACCCAUCGGGACGACAGUGGCAAAAGUCACUGCCAAAGAUAAAGAUUCUGGAGAAAACUCUUACAUUUCAUACAGCAUAGCCAAUUUGAACUCAGUCCCUUUUGAAAUCGAUCAUUUCACCGGUGUCGUGAAAACUACGCAAGUUCUGGACUAUGAAUCGAUGAGAAGGACUUACGUCUUACGAAUUCGGGCUUCAGAUUGGGGCCUUCCCUACAGGCGUGAAACGGAAACUCAAAUGAGAAUUAACUUAAAAGACAUAAACGACAACAGACCCCAGUUCGAAAAAGUCGAUUGUUCCGGCCAAGUGUCGCGAUUCAUUCCGAUCGGCAGUGAAAUUAUCACACUAUCGGCAAUAGAUUUCGAUGCGGGAAACAUAAUCAGUUAUAGGAUCGUCGGUGGUAACGAAGAUAACUGUUUUUCAUUGGAUACGACUAGCGGGGUCGUAGCCGUGACCUGCGAUCUGUCAGAUAUCGGUGUCAACGAACGUGUAUUAAACGUAACCGCCACAGACGGAACGCAUUUUGCCGACGUUGUCAGUGUUAUAAUUAAACUGGUCAACUACAAAAGGACGUCCAAGCCCCCGCGGCUAGACGCCAUCGAUGACACGAGCGGAUUCGACUGCAAAGACACCGGUGUCGCGCGGAAACUGACCGAAGUGCUGGCCGCUUCCGAUAGAAGUAAUUCCAACAAUCUGGGACGAGAACACGAAGAAUUCGCCAUGAUGCCGAGUCGUUAUGGCGGAAACGUCCAUGCCCCCGAGUUCUCGAAUUUCCCUGUCAACAUUCAAGUCAACGAAUCAACGGCUAUCGGGACGGUACUCGUCAGGAUACGGGCUAAAGACAGGGAUCUGGGAUAUAACGGCAAGCUGAUCUACGGUAUAUCCUCUGGCGAUAGCGAUUCCGUCUUUCGUCUGGAUCCCGAUUCGGGAGAGCUUAAAGUCGUCGGCUACCUAGACAGAGAAAGAGAAACAGAAUACAUUUUGAACAUAACCGUGUUCGACCAAGGAAAACCGCAGAAGUCGAGUUCGCGGAUGUUGCCCAUCACUAUACUGGACGUAAACGACAACCCGCCGAAAUUUAAAACCAACUUGGCAAGUUUUCGAAUUACGGAAAACGCGUUGAACGGUACUGUAUUCUUUAGAGUCAACGCGACAGACAUCGACGAAGGGGACAACGCAAACAUUUUUUACAAAUUAAUCACCGACACGGAUGAUUUCAAACUGGAUUCCAAAUUGGGAACGCUGUUUGUAUCGGCUCCAUUAGACCGGGAGCGUCAAGAAGUCUACGAAUUAGUAAUCAGAGCGACAGAUUGCGCGGGCAACCCCGGUUCGAUCACAGCCCUCCAUUCAGACGCUAUAAUUAGGGUAAUAGUCGACGAUGUUAAUGAUAACGUACCGUCGUUUUCCCUUCCGUCAUACACUGUAAAAGCAAGAGAAGACGUCCCUGUUGGCAGUGUAAUUGCAGUACUUAGUGCCAACGACCCCGAUUUGGGAUCCGGGGGAGAAAUAAGAUAUUCUAUAAUUGGUCAGACCGAUGGAGAUAACGUUUUCGUCGUUGAUACCCUAAGUGGUACGAUACGCAUAACGAAGCCGUUAGAUUUCGAAGACAGACAGGUGCAUUCUUUUACCGUCAGGGCGACCGACCGCGGCACGCCGGCGUUGUCCUCGGAAGUCACCCUCAUCGUCGAAGUCGUCGACGUCAACGAAAACCUGUUUCCUCCCGUUUUUCCGGACUUCGUUAUCGCAAGCUCGGUAUCGGAAAACCAGCCCAUUGGCACCCUCGUGACCAAAGUCAAAGCCACCGACGCAGAUGCGCCUAACAGUGACGACUCCAGGGUGGGAUACUCCAUCAAAGGCGGAGACGGUCUCGGAUUCUUUUCCAUCGACGCUGAAGGUGAGUUCUCCAAUUUACUAUUCACACAAAUCAAAAAUUUCUAG